AUGGCAAGACCCAAGAUUUGCAAAAACUUUGCCAGAAGGGGAACCUGUUCCUUCAAAAACUGCAAGUUUCAACACGUAAAUGACCCCGGAAGGCGAGACGACGACCAAUCAAAACGGGACGCGAGACCCAAAAGACCGGAGCUGUCAGAUUCAGAGAAACGAUUUCAAUCCUGGAAGGAUACCCUAGCCACAGACUCCCGUUCGUCUCGACCAGGUCGCGCGAAGUUGGAGAACUUCUUCCGGGAUGCUCGACAGUUUGUCGAAGUCGACGCUGGUCUUAUGCAAGAUGUGAUACGCGAACUAGCUGGGGAGACAGGAUUGGAACGUAUCCGAGAUCUUGUGGAGGAGAAAUUCCCCAAGGCUGAGUCGAUGGCAAAGGGAGAAGUCUUCCGGUCACAGGUCCUUCCUCUGCUGGAAACCGUCUCGCACCCUAGGGUUUUAUCCUCGCUGAUCUUGGAACAAGCAGUGGGAACUAUUUUCAACGUGCUCUUUGGUAUCAAUGGUCGCAGGGCAGCGCUAUUCCUGAGCUCAAUAUGCGAUGUGCUAUCGACAACCAGCAACGAGGAGACAGCCGUGGAGUGGUUGGAAGUUUCACUGCUCGUCUUUGCAAAAAUCGUCGAUCUCAACUCCACCGCAUUCGUUCAGGAUACACUCAAAGACCAAGCAAACAGGUUUCAGCAGCUCUUUCUCCAGAUGACCGAGAGUGGCCUGGCAAGCUCUCUCCACCACUCGCGCAAUCUUCUCGACCACCUUCUGCGCCGACUGGAAAUUGGCAGCUUGCUACCAUCUGCACCUGCGAACGAUAAGCCCAAAUGUGAACCGAAGUCUACUGCAACAUUUACCGUACAUCGCGAACCCCCCGGUGGCAGACAUGAUAACGAUCAUACCGAUAUUGUGAAGAUCGCGAUCAUGCCAACCCUAGAUGAGAUCCAGAGCUCGCGUAUCGAAUAUCUACCCGUCAAUGAUCCUAGCCAGUGGCAUGUUGGUGGUCUGGACGGUUUGUUGGACCGGAAUUUCCGCCUACUAAGAGAAGAUACAAUUGGUCAGCUGCGCGAUGCUAUUCAUCAGGAGCUCAAGGGGUCAAAAGGAUCAGGCGGACGGACUUCCCAGGUCCGGACACACAUCUAUCCUCAUGCAACGAUCGGACAGAUCUACUUUGACAAAUUCCUUGGUUUCCAAUUCAAAGUCCAAUUUCCUCAACCGCCACGGGUCAGUGAGAUGUCCGCCAAGGAUCGGGAAAACUGGUGGCAGUUGUCGAAGCGUUUGCAAUCCGGUGCUCUUGUGUGUCUCAUUAUGAAUGGACGCAAUGGAAAGACUGUCGUCUUCUGUACCGUCGUGGACGGCCAAGUCAGGUCCUCCAAAAAGCAAACAGACGAUGCCAAUAAAGCAAGUGAAGCUGCGGCAUCCCUGUGGGCUGACCCAAAGGAAGCAUCAGUCAAGAUGACGCUGGUCGAUGCGAAACCCGGAAUGGUCCGCACAAUAUUGUACAAGGUCCUGAAUAAACGCGAUUUUUCUGUUGUCGAAUUCCCAGGUAUUCUACUGGCUGGAUUCGAACCAACCUUGCGAGCUCUGAAGAAAAUUAAGGAGGACAGGGAGCUACCAUUCAUAGAGAUUCUGGUCCCGAACGGCGAUGUUGGCCCAGUUGAUAUUCCUCCUCCCCUUUAUGCGUUGAGACCCGGAUUUCGCUUCAACCUUCGUUGCUUGAUGAAUAACAAGGCCGAUUUAUUCAUCCAAGCCAAUAAACCAGUCGAUAUAGAAUGCUUGCAACGCAACUCAACCCUCGACAGAGCCCAAGCGAUGGCCUUGGUCCAUAGCCUUCAACACCGAAUUGGCUUGAUCCAAGGGCCUCCUGGUACGGGUAAGAGUUACACAGGUGUCGCGCUUAUCCGAGUCCUGCUGGCAAAUAAAAAGCAAGGAAAGACAAAUCUUGGUCCUGUGUUAUGUGUUACUUAUACGAAUCAUGCUCUGGAUCAGUUGUUGGAUGCUCUCAUUGACAAAGGAGUGACGUCGCAGAUAAUCCGGAUCGGUUCGCAGUCCAAGUCCGACCAGCUGAAGUUUCUCAAUCUGCGACACAUCGCGAAGGAUGCCGAGAAGACCAAGAGGGAGCGAGAAGAUCAAUAUCGCCUCCAUUGCGAGAUAGAGGAGUGCGAGGAAGAGUUCUCUGCCCUGAAAAUCAAUCAGGACUUGUUAGCCACUCAUCUCAUCCCUCACCUGCACGAAGUAUAUCCACGCUAUUAUUCUGGUCUGUUCGGUAAAGACGAAGACGGUUGGGAGACGGUUCAGCACGGCAAGCCUAGUGAUGUGAUCAGGCGUUGGGUCCAGGCUGGGGGACCAGGAGAUGAGAUACGACAUUUCGACGUACUCAUGUCACUAAAUCCGUCUCAAUUGUCCCAAAAAGAAAGAGAGGCUCUGUACCAGAUAUGGACGAAAGAAGUCAUUAAGCUGGUGCAUGAUAAAGUCACGCGGCUCUGCUCAGCACACCAUAGGGCCAAAGCCAAUUUCGACAACGUUCGGGACGAAGUGGAUCUUCGCUGUCUGGCAGAUGCUGAUGUUAUUGGAGUCACCACAUCCGGUCUCGCUAGGAAUUUAAACAUGCUGCGAAAGCUACAAUCCAAAGUGGUGAUGUGUGAAGAAGCCGGCGAGGUCCUGGAAGCACACCUUCUCACAGCUCUGUUGCCCUCGGUCGAACACGCCAUCCUCAUUGGUGAUCACCUACAACUCCGUCCGCAGGUUCAAAAUUACGAUCUCUCACGCGAGAAUCCCAGAGGUGGCGAAAAGUACUCUCUGGACGUUUCGUUGUUUGAGCGACUGGUGGAACAGCAGAGUGCCAUGGGUUUAGGUCUUCCGUUCAGCACACUGGAAACGCAGCGUAGGAUGCAUCCCUCCAUCGCCCAACUUAUUCGGGAUACUCUAUAUCCUCAAAUAGAAGAUGCAGAAUCCGUGUCAAGCUAUCCAGAAGUUGUGGGUAUGCGCCGAAGACUGUUUUGGCUGGACCAUCGCGAGCCGGAGGCGGACACGGCCAAUACAAGUCUGCUGGCGACUUCCCACUGGAAUGAGUACGAGAUUCAGAUGACAAUCGCCGUGGUCAAUCAUCUCGUGUGCCAAGGCAAAUAUCACAGCGGCGAAAUUGCUGUCAUUACUCCGUAUCUGGGUCAACUCCAUCGACUACGUCAGCUGUUCUCGCAACACUUCACCGUCACACUUGGAGAACGAGAUGCCGACCAGCUCCAGAGUGCUGGCUUUGAAGCUGGUGAAACUGUUGUCAAGACUGCCGCGAGAGCUACCCUACUGGAAAGUUUGAGAGUCGCGACCAUAGACAAUUUUCAAGGUGAAGAGGCCAAAGUCGUCGUCAUAUCGCUGGUCCGGAGUAACCCUCAGAAUCGCUGCGGGUUCUUGCGUACGUCAAACAGAAUAAACGUCCUCCUAUCACGAGCUCAGCAUGGAAUGUACAUCAUUGGCAAUUCUGAGACUUGUGCUCACGUCCCCAUGUGGGCGCAGGUCAUUGACAUCCUUCGGCAGUCGGGCAAUAUAGGAUCACAGCUGGAAUUGCAGUGUCCCCGUCACCCUGAUACGCCACUCCUUGUUUCCGAGCCCGACCAUUUUUUGCAGCUAUCCCCAGAAGGAGGUUGUAAUCUGCGCUGCAUCAAUCGCCUUCCCUGCGGCCAUGCUUGUGAGCAAAAGUGCCAUUCGCAACUGCUUCACAACGCCGUGUAUUGCCCACAGCCGUGCCCUCGUCCGCGCAAAGGGUGUACCCAUCCGUGCGUCAAGCGGUGUGGUGAUCCUUGCCCCGUUAAGUGUAUGGUGACUGUGUACAAGGAGGAUAGGAAGCUUGAAUGCGGCCAUUCAAUGCCGACUUUGCCCUGCUGGCAAGAUCAGGACCUGUCCACUGUCCGCUGCAAGGUGGCUGUUACCAAGACAGUCGAACGUUGCAAGCAUGAGAUCAGGGUGCAAUGUCAUGAAGAUGUGAAAUUGGCUACUUUUACCGGCCGUGCCAUCAUUGCCUACGGCUUCUUGAUUGGGAGGAUGUCCACAUCGACCACGGAAGAUGCCAGCAAAAGUGCGGCCGCAAGCACUCAACUUGCUCUCACUUCUGCACUGCGGUUUGCCAUGGCGACGAGCCUUGUCCCCCGUGCGAAGAACCUUGUGACGUGCAGUGCAAUCACUCCAAAUGUACCAGGAAAUGCCGGGAGCCAUGCACCCCAUGUGCAGAAGAGCAAUGCUUCUCCAGAUGCCCACACAGCGCGUGCACAAUGCCCUGCGCCGCCCCGUGCAACCACAUUCCGUGCUCCAAACGGUGCGACCAGAAGCUGCAGUGUGGUCACCAAUGCCCGUCGUUGUGUGACGUGUGGAAGUGAAGAAAUCAAACACCAGGUUGUGGACUUUAUCUUGGGCGAGACGUACGAGAACAUCAACCUGGACGAAAAUCCGUGCAUCUUCCCUCGCUGUGGCCAUUUCUUGACCAUGGAAAGCAUGGACGGGCAAAUGGCCUUGCAAGAGCACUAUGAACUCGAUGAACAAGGAAGACCUAUGUCGAUCAACGAUGCGUCGCGCCCGUUCUCCAUGGAUGAUAUCAAGACGUGUGCUACCUGUCGUGGGUCAUUGAGAGAUCUUGCCAGGUACGGUCGACUUGUGCGGCGAGCGCUCCUGGACGAAUCCACCAAGAAGUUCAUCCUUUACUUGAAUCGUGAAUACGUUCCACUGGAGGAGGAGCUCGCCCGACAGGUGAAGCUAAUGCAGGAAACAGACGUUGCACGUAGAAAAGGACCAGUCUGGCCCGACCAUCUGCAACUCGACGGCUCAAUCCAGCAGAAUGUCAAGACAAUGGCGGAAUUAGUUCACCACACAUCCCCUGGCCGGUGGGAGAAUAUAACCAAGCUUCGUAGCAAGGUCGUCGCCUACCACAAACGAGUAGCCUUGGACGAACAGCCCUACGACCGAGUCCGCAGCAUGGUCGAAAACGCCAAACGAAGGAACCAGACCGACGGAGACUUUGACUUCGACAACACCAUACUCCAGUCCAAGGGCGUCCUCCUCGCUACCGCCCUGAACCUCCGUCUCGACAUCGCCCUGCUAGCCGAUUUCCUUACCGUCAAGGGCCGCGCCUCGUCACAAACGGGCAAUAUCACUAUCUCCCUCAACCUUCAAGACGCAAGAGAUCAGUGCUCCGCACUCAUAAACCUCGCAGAGGACUCCGGCCGUAUCCGCCAGCAAGCAGAGGGCCACACUUUCCUUGCGCACCUCCACGCCCUGGAAAGAUCCCAGACCCUUUCUCCACAAGCCGCGGAGACACACCUUCAAGACGCGCAAGUCGCUGUCGCUCGCGCGCGAUCCCUCUGCACGCAGCACCUAAGCCAGACGAGAGGUCUUCUACCCGAUAUCGAGAGCGUCGACAAAAUGCUCCGGGACUCGACUUUCUACACCUUGGUGACGAACGAAGAGCGCAUGGCGGUGGUAGCGGCCAUGGCGCGCGAGUUCCAUGGCACGGGACAUUGGUAUUAUUGCCGGAAUGGACACCCCUUUACGAUUGGUGAGUGUGGGGGUGCGAUGCAGCAGACGGCGUGUCCUGAAUGCGGGGAGCCGGUUGGGGGCAGGGAGCACCGGGUUGCGGAGGGGGUGACGAGGGCUGAUGAUUUGGAGAGAUCGUUUGAGGGGAUGCAGCUGUGA